AUGAUAAGGAAAAGAAAAUCAAAAAUAGCUGAAGGUGAACACAUCCAAGAAAAUAAUGAGUUAAUGGAAGAAAAGCUUUUAUUUGGUAAAAAAAAUUCUUCAAUGAAAAGUUUAGAAGAGAUAUUUGAUAACAAUAAAGAAAGUGAAAAUGUAGAAUUUAAAAAAAUGGAAAAAUCAGAAGAAGAUAAGGAUUCAAAUAAAAACAUAAAAAAUAUUAAAGAAAUAAAAAAUAAUGAUAAAAUACAAAGCUUAAAGGAUAAUGGAAAUAUUGAAAAUGAUCUAGAAAUGGAAUAUACUUAUUCCACUAAUAUUCCAGAUGUAAAUAUUUUAGAAAAUCAAAUAAAUGAAAAUGAUGAAACUAACGAAAUAAAAUUUAAAACCAUUGAUAAUCUCUAUAAUAAAUAUGAUAAUGAAGUUCAAUGCUUAUUAGAAAGCUUCGAACUUUUAAAAUUUUCAGAAUUGUUUAAAAAUCCUUUUGAUCCAACUAUUAGUAGAGAUGAAAAAAUUGUUAGAAUUUUUUAUUUUUCUGGUUUUUCAUUUUUACCUUAUUUAGGAUGGGUUGUUGCUUCAAUAUAUGGAUCAUUUUGCAAGGAAAAAAAUAAUAAAAGCAUUAUAUCGUUAAGAAUUAUAAGUUCUAUUCAAUGUGCUAUAUUUGGUUUAAUUAUUAUAUUAAUAAUAGCUUUAAUUAAUGUAAAUAGUCAAAGUGUAUUACAAUGUAAAUAUGAAGGAAUUUCGUUUAAAAAAAAGUUAGUAAAAGAUGGUAAAUACAAUGUUGUCUUUUUUGGGCCCAUGAGCACAGAUGAUUGGAUGAAGUCUAAACUAUUAAAAAUUACAGAAGAAUUAAAUUUCAAUAUUUAUACCAUAAGCUAUCCUAAUCUUAAGAACAAUAAAAUAAAAACGAAAAGACAAAUAUUUUUAAAAGACGCUUUUACAUGUGCCAAAUUAAAAUAUUCUGAUGUUAUUCUUUUUUCAUUUCAAAUUGAAAGUGCUUUAAAUUUUACUAUUCCUUUUCUUGAAAAAAAUGAAAUUCUUGGCUUUUUCAGUUUUUCUAAAAAAUUCAAAAAAAAGAUACCUACCAAAGAAAAAAUAGGAAAAGAAAACAUAAUUUACUUGGCUCCGAAAGAAGAAAAUUUAUACGAUAUUUAUAGUUCUAUAACUUUGAGACUUUGCCAAAAUGAGAAAAAUAAUUAUUACAACAUUUUAUACAUAGUUCAUCACAGUUUUAAUAAAUAUCAGAUUAGAUGCACAAAAAAUUUAUCUGAAGACUACAGUAUAGCAGUAAAUAAUUUUAAUUUUAAUACUAUUGGUGUUGAAGAAAAAGCAUCUAAAUAUGAAGACGAUGAUUUCAAAGAAGUAAUUGACGAUUUUUAUCAAUACUUAGUAUUUAUUAGAGACCUUAUUUCUCAAAAAAAUUUAGAAUUUUACAGAAAAAUAUUAUGUAAAAAUGUUAUGUGUGAAUCAAAAGGAGCUAUAUGUGUUCUUUAA